CAUUACCUGAGGUGGAAGUGGAAGAGAUCGCAUGCUUCCUGGGCAUUACCAUCGACAGUUCCUUUACCUGGACAGCCCACAUUGACAGUGUAUGCAGGAAGUUGAACACUGGCAUAUUUUUAAUUCGAAGAAUGACGCAAAUUGGCACUCCAGAAAUAGCAAAAAUCAUUUACCAUGCUUUCUGUGAAACUCACAUAAUGUAUGGCAUAGCCGCAUGGGGUGGUACUACCAAGACCAAUAUGAACAGGAUACUAAUAUUACAAAAGAGAGCAUUAAGAACUAUACUAGGCCUACAACCUAUGGAGAGCUGCCGAGAACAUUUUAAAAUCUUGACUGUGUAUGCAAUGUACAUUUGUGAGGUGGCACACUAUGCAUCAAUCAAACAACCAGCUCAAGGAUCAGCCCUUCACAACUAUAAUACAAGACAUGCAACCCGUUUCAACCUCCCAGCUCAUCGCACUUCUCUAUAUGCAAGAAAACCAAUAUAUGCCGGUAUGAAAAUCCUCAACCACCUACCACAAGACUUCAGACAGGAAACUGGUGCAACACUAAAGAACAGACUGAAGAACCUCUUGUUGGACAAUCCAAUCUAUUCCAUGGAUGAAUUUUAUCAAACGACCUGGACUUGAUGUUAUGUAUUGUAUUACAAUUUUAUGUAUUUACUCAUAUAUUGUAUACAGUAUUGUU